GCGUUUUUUCGUAAAAUUAUUGGUUUCAAUAGUUUCUUUUUCCGUUACUCAUAAACAGUUAUUGAUUUAAUUUGUGUCUUUCUCUUUCGAAUUUUGAAAGGAGAACCAAGUGAGAAGAAGGCAAACCAAAGGAUGAGUGAAUUAAUGGAAUGCGAUGAGCCCCAAAACAAGAAGCGUAAGUACGAGGAUGUAGGUGAAGUUGACAUAAAAGAUAAUAUUGACUUUACCCAAGACACCACUGAGGUUAGCAAUAGUUUUACUAUCAAUGACAAGUACAGCAAUAUAGUGUCCCAGGAUGAGGUAGAGAAGUUGAAAGAGUUUAAGGUGUUGGACGAAGUCAAAUCAAACGAUGAAGACAGUAAUGAUGAGGAAUCUAACAGUUCUGAAGAUGGAUCAGAAGGGUUGCCAGGGGAGGAGAUUGAGAAGAUGUUGGAUGAGGACUUACCCGAGGAUUUCAAAGGAGACCCUAAACCAAAAGAAAAACCUUACAUAAAGCGCACAAAAAUAGUUCUGGAAGAAAAAGGAGUUAACCAUUUUGAAAUACUUCCACUCGAUUGGAUGAUGAUUAGACACUGCAGUGGUAUCCCAAUAUACAUGCACAGAGGUACGAGAGUCUGUACUCUUUCAAAGCCCUAUUUCCUAGGGGAAGGGAAUACUAGGAGACAUGAUAUACCUAUUAGUUCUAUACCAUGUUUGGCGUACCGACGUGGAUUAGAAGAAGAGAAAAAGCAGAAGGAAAUUGAUCGCAGAAUUGCAGAACAAAUAAAAAAUGGAACCUGGGCACAGCCAGAUAAAAACAAAUCAAAUGUAGAAAAAAAUAGUGAAAAUGCUGAAACCAAUAAUAGCAAUAAUGUAGAAAAAGAUGUUGCACAAAAAGAUUCUGCAGAGAUUAGUUCAAACUCCAUCAAUGAUGUUGAAUUAAUAGACACAGAGAAUAAAGAAGAAGGGAAAGUUGAUGAAAAUGAAAAGCCCAAAUGUCCUAUGAGAUUUAUUCAAUCAACUGCUGACUCUAGUCAUACAUCAAACGAUAAAAUAGAAAAUGACAAAUCUUCAAAUGAAGUAACUUCUACUGUUACUGAUCUAAAAGAAGAAAAUAUUUUAACGAAUGAUAUAAAUAAUGGAGAAAGCUCAAAAGAUGAAGAAAAAGAGCCAAGUAAUCAAGAAACCGAAAAAGAGAAAACUACAGAAAGUAAUGAACAAUCUCAGGAAGAAGUUCCUGUUAGUCAACAACCGGUUGUUUUACCCGGAGGGAUGGUAGUGCCUCCGCCUCGGGUAGAAACUGUCAAUAUGAGCUGGAAAUCGCAGCAUCUAACUCCAGAACAAGUUAAUGACUACUGUAAAACGCUGUUCAAAUUUAAAUAUGUGAAUAUUAUGCAUUUCAAGCGCUGGGCUGACCGUCGUAAGUACACGAAGGCACGGAAACGGCUGCAGUGCCCGACUCUGGCGGAGGGGACCAAACUAGUCACUAUACCCGCCGUCAACACUGGACAAGAUAAUGGUGGCCGUGCUAACAAGCGAGACUGGGUGAUGAAUAUGAACGGACGCAGCUACCUCUCAGUCUUUCAUGAGUAUGUUCAUCGAGCACUGCAGAAGGAACUAGUCUAUGACUUCAAGCAGCUCGAGAACGCAUCAAUGCCGUACCAAGCGACCGUGUUUAUAGACGGCAUGCAAUACGGCGUUGGACUCGGCUCGAGCAAGCGGCAGGCCAAAUCCGCAGCCGCCAAGGCCUCCAUACAGAUACUGAUACCCGAGAUGAAAGAGUUCCUGGAGCCUAAUAAUAGCACGGACCCGGAUUUCACGUUCUUUGACUACGUGGGUAUCGAGGACCCGCGUAUACCGGAGUUGUGCAGCACGGCGUGUGAACCCUCACCCCACGCGAUACUGCGGACCUGUCUCCUGAGGAACUUCGGAGCUAAUGACUGGCAUAUACACACUGAGAUGAAAAAGCUGGAGUUCCAAAAGAUAGAGCUCACCAUGAAAGUGGGCAAACACGAGGCCACCGUGGUCUGUAAGAACAAGAAGACGGCGAAACAACGCGCGGCUCAGUCCAUUCUACAGGCAUUACAUCCGCAAGUGCGUUCAUGGGGAUCCCUUCUGCGUCUGUACGGCUCGCGGUCCGUCAAGAGCUGCAAGGAAAAGAAGUUAGAGGAGCAACAGAUAACUUUACUCCAGGACAAAGCGCGGCAUAACGAGCCCAACUACGCCGUACUAGAUAAACUAAGGCAGGAGAUGCAACGACUGAGGGAAAGAGACGCAGCUGUCGUCCCGAUAGGCACUGUUCUACUGCCCCAUGCGCUCCCCGUACACUCCGCGUCCGGACUCAACAGCGUUGACUUGUGACCGUUGAGAGAUUUGAAAAUCGAACAGCCGGAUAAUACUGGUGAUAUAGGUGACAGUGUUGAAUAAUAGCGUCUUCGGCAUCAAAAACUGUCACAGGGCAGGCCGAAUCGAUACGAAAAUAGCCGAAGCUUAAAUCCACCAUCUUUAUAUUUUACCACCAGAUGUCGUCCGCAACUCCGUUGCGUCGAAAUUCGUUUAUCGCGCGGGAACCGUACAUUUUUCCGGAAUAAAAACUAUCCUCCUUUCUCAGGACACAAAAUACCUAUAUGCCAGCAAAACGGUUCAGCGGUUUGACUUUGAAGAGGUAACAGACAGACAGA